AUGGCCGUACUGAAUGUAAUCCAGAUUGUUUUAGCUCUUGUAGGCAUAGUUACUGCUUUAGUAACAAAACCAAGCAUACCAGUGCCACAACCUAUUAGUAAUAAUGUAACGAAUGUGCGCAAAAUCGAACUAUAUGAUGGCGUGUUUGUUAAAUUACCGGAAUAUAAUAAUGAUACAAGAAAAGUGAUGUCUCUCGAGAUUGAUACAAAUAAAGACUCGGAAACAGGUCGUGGAAAACAAAAGAAGUUAAUGCAACGAAUUCUGCCUCUCUUCAUAAUGCCGUUUGUAAUACAAUCCGCAAUAGUGCCAAUAUUCCUUGGCGUACUCAAAUUUAUGCUGUUUAAGUCUUUAAUGAUCGGAAAAUUGGCAUUGGUUCUAAUUAUUAUAAAUUCUUUUAGAAAUAGUAACUCCUUUAAGGCAAGGCAAGAUGAAAGUAUAGCAGAUUUACAUUAUGGUUACCAUGGAAACGGCAUGGAAGAAUACGGCUCAUAUUUCAAUUCG